AUGGACUCUUCCUAUUCCUCCUCUACUACUACUACUACUACUACUACUACUACUAAUAUUACUACUAAUACUAUUACUAGUGGUGGUAGUUCUUCUUGUAGGAAUAAUGAUGUGGGGAGUAUCAUUGCUCUCUGUAAUGCCCGGGCGGUGGAUGCACAACUCCUGCAUAAUAGCAGUGAGUCCACGGCCGCGGCUCGUCUACGUCGUAGUUAUUUUCACAUCCGUACAGCCCGUGUGUGUACAGCUAUUGCAAUAGUCUCUGCUGCUGCUGUUGCUCUCUUGGCAUCCUGGCAAUAUCGCCGUAUUUACCGUGUAUGGCGAUUGCGAUAUCCCAGUCGUGUGUUGGGGCAACAGCGGCUUAUGUGCACUCUCGCCAUUGGCAGUGGGAGUUUGUUGUUGUGGUUGUUUAGUCCAUUUGGCUCCACCGCGCGGUGUGAGUUGUGUUGGCGAGAUGUGCGUCGACUGGAUGAGAUUGCAAUGCAGGCACUUGUGUUGAGGCAGCGGUAUGAGGAAAUAGCGGCGGAGAUGAGUGUGGGGACUGAGAGAACGGCGGGUGGGAAGAAAUAUGAGGAGUGUGAGGAGAUGUGGGAGGCGUUAAUGCGGCAUCGUCUGGUGCUGGAUGAUAAUGUGUAG